AACACAGUUCAAAAGGCGGAUUGGGAAACAUGCAUGGCAUCUUGUCAAAGGCCCAAGCUUUGGAAAGAGAAAGAGAAAAAGAAGACAGAACAAUGAGAAGGGAGGAGAUCCCCCUCCUAAAAAGCCAGUGCUUUUCCAACACAUACAUCCACAUUCCAUACCCCUCAAAUAUUAAAAAAAAGUCACCAUCUUUUCUGGACAAAGAGCCUGGAGAUUGGAUGAAUGAAAGAGACAGUAUACGUGUACAAGCUUGGUAUGUAUGUAUUAUUGACUAACUUGCAGUAGUAACAGUAGUGCGAGGUGUAGAAGAGACCGAGGAUGGAGACAAGAGUGCCCCACUUGCUUUAUAAAGAAUACCACUUCUCUUUUGUCUCUCUCUCUCUUUCUCUCUCUCUCUCUCUGCUCCUUCAUGACUAAAGAGAAAAGAGAGAGAGAGAGAGAAAGAGAGGGUGAUGGAUAUGGGUUCAAGCUCUCUGCCGGCAUCUCUGGCCUGUGGUUCCAAUGACUCUCUCAACGGGCUCAAGUUUGGGAAAAAGAUCUACUUUGAGGAUGGGGGCGGUGGUGGGAGCUCCUCUAAGGCUUCUUCCGGGCAGGCGCCGGCGAAGAAGGAAGAUCGGAGUGCAGGGGUGCAGCAGCCUCCAAGGUGUCAAGUGGAGGGCUGCAAUGUGGAUCUCAGUGAUACCAAGGCCUACUAUUCCAAGCACAAGGUUUGUGGUAUGCAUUCCAAGUCCCCCAAGGUCAUUGUGGCUGGCUUGGAACAGAGGUUCUGUCAGCAGUGCAGCAGGUUCCACCAAUUACCUGAAUUUGACCAAGGGAAACGAAGUUGUCGUAGACGUUUAGCCGGACAUAAUGAGCGCAGGAGGAAGCCACCUCCUGGAUCCAUAUCACGCAAUGGACGGCUGUCAUCAUCUGGCCAUGAUAGCGGUAGAUUCAGGAGCUUUAUGAUGGACUUCACUUAUGCAAAGCAAGCGGGUAACGACAGAGAUGCUUGGCUAGCAAACAGGUCAGGCAAUCGGGUUGUUGGCAAUCAUCAAUGGCAAGGUGGUUUAAAUGCUUUGACCAGUGGAGUUGCUGCUCAUGGUUUCGGUCCAUCAAUGCGAGGUUCACCAAACACAAACAGUGCUAUGUUCUCAGUACCACCAGAGAAUUCGAGUUCUUUCCGUGAAUCUCUUGCUGGAAUCUCUGACUCCAGCUGUGCUCUCUCUCUUCUGUCAACUCAUCAGCCACGGAGCAGCACCACUACACAAAACCAAGUUCCAACGGUGAUACCGGCAAACGCCAGCUUUGACAUGUCCCAUGUGGUGCAGCAACCAGGCAUGCCUAGUAAUUAUAUGGCCAAUUCAUGGGAGUUCAAAGGACCUCCUGAAGCCAGUGGAACCUCAGAAGCAAUGCAACACCCAAUUGAAUUCAGUCAUAUUUCACAACCCGGCAACCAACGUUUCUCAGGCGAACUUGAGCUAGCAUUUCAAGGAAGCAAACUUGGCAUGAACCUCGAUCCAGCUCUGGCUUUUGCUGAUGAUGCCACCCACUGGUCUCUUUAAACAUCUUCUUUCCACUGAUUAAUUGCUGCAUAACUGUGUAAUCUACACUGCUGCUGAGUU